GAUAAUAAUAUAUCUCCGCUGAGAAAAAGUAAAAUCUUGCAAACUUAAUUCUAUGAAUUCAACACUCUGUUUGUCCAUUGAGUGAUAACCGUCUUCUUCUGUCUGCCUUUCGAGUACCCCAAGAUGUCUUUUAGAACUCCAAAAGCUGUAGGCCAGCUCACAAAACGAGCUUCACAAGCUACUGUUUCUCGCCUCACUAGUAAUACUUCUCCAGCGACAACAUCAUUAUUGCAGAGAAAUAGCGCAGACCAAUGCAGAUCUUUCGCGACUCCGGUACCGCCGGUAACACAAGAUGCGACGGGAAGAAGGGGACCAACGGCAAUGGUGCUCAUGAAUAUGGGUGGUCCUCAAACUACAGAUGAGGUUGGGGAUUUCUUGAGUAGAUUAUUUGCAGAUGCCGAUUUAAUUCCUCUCGGACGCUUUCAAAACUACGUUGGCCCUCUCAUUUCGAAGCGUCGUACGCCAAAGAUUCAAAAGCAAUACGCUGCCAUUGGCGGCGGUUCCCCAAUUCGAAAAUGGUCAGAAUAUCAAGCCGAAGAAAUGUGCAAGUUAUUGGAUAAGAUGUCGCCUGAAACUGCACCCCAUAAACCCUACGUAGCAUUCAGAUAUGCGAACCCUCUCACAGAAGAAAUGUACAACAAGUUAUUGGCAGAUGGGUUUGGUGGCGGAAAAGGUGGAAGAGCCGUGGCAUUCACACAAUACCCUCAAUACAGUUGUUCGACCACCGGAAGCAGUUUGAACGAAUUAUGGAAGUGGAGACAAAGACUCGAGGGAAAGGCAGCAGGAAGUCCAAAUGGUAACGAUGGAACAAUCGAUUGGAGUGUAAUUGAUAGAUGGCCAGCUCACCCAGGUCUUGUCGAAGCUAUUGCACAAAACAUCGAAGCUACUCUGGCGACAUACCCAGAGAAGGACAGGAAAGACGUCGUGUUACUGUUCUCAGCCCAUAGUCUACCAAUGUCGGUGGUUAAUAGAGGUGAUCCAUAUCCUGCUGAGGUCGCUGCUACAGUCUACGCCGUGAUGCAAAGAUUAGGUCACUCUCAUGCAUAUCGACUUUGCUGGCAAUCACAGGUUGGACCUAGUGCAUGGCUAGGAGCUCAAACAAGUGAUACCGUGGAGGAGUAUGUUAAAAAAGGUCAAACGAAUCUCAUACUCAUUCCCGUCGCAUUCACAUCCGACCAUAUCGAAACGCUUUACGAAUUGGACGAGGAAGUUAUUGGAGAGUCAGGCCACAAAGACACCAUCAAGAGAUCCGAAAGUCUGAAUGGAUCUCCAGUCUUCAUCCAAGCACUAGCCGAUAUUGCUAAAGCUCACAUGGAUAGCGGGGUGGCUUGCAGUGUUCAAAUGGGACUAAGAUGUCCUGGAUGCAAGAGUGAGAAAUGCGCUGAAACUAAGAAAUUCUUUGCUGGACCUGAGAAAGCAUUAGCUGUAUAAGGAAAGGGGGAUAAUAUUUAUGAACAUGCAUUAUGAUAGACAGGUCCAUUAGCGUAUAGAGGAUUGAGGAGCGAAUUCGAGCGGGAUGCACAUGUUCAGAAAGUCCGUGUCGGUAUCAGGGACAACAUCGUACCGAUUUUGGUCACUAACCUGAUUGAUACACUCUGGCGGGUCGCCACACGAUGUGGGACUCUUUAGCCACCAACUCUGUAGGCUGGCUGCAAUUAAUCAGACGUCACCAUCUAGACAAGGCAUUGGGUGAUGAAGAGGAACUAGUUGGUGUGAAGAUGAAACCGAAAAGAGUGUAAAUGUGAGAUUGAUGGGUAGCUAGGUAGCUAGGUAGCUUUCAAACCCUAAUAAGACAAACGAUCAGCCUAUUCA